GAGAGAAGCCAAUUGAGUGACUGGCCAAGGGCCGCAGGAACAUUCAUUCACACAAGCUGCACACUGUCUGGUCUGUGGCUUAGCCCGCCCCGUUCUCCUCGACGACCAUGUUGUCGUCAUCGUCAUCCUGCUGCUCCUGCUGCUGCUCCUGCUCCAUGGACUGCCCGUUCUCUUGUGCGGUGGGAGGCGGAGGGGGGUUAGGUGGCGCUGGGGGCUGGCCGAUGGGCACGUCAGAGCGUUCGGGGAGCUCCACCUGGUCCAGCAGCUCCUGGGGGAUGGGACCACCUUCCUUGAGCAGCUGGACAAAAACAAGGAGGGUACGUAUGAGAAGGGAGGGCUUCGGACUCCAAUCAAUCAAUCGACAGUCAGUCAUCUCACCUUUUCUAAUCGGGUGACGUCUUCUAUCGACGUGGACUUGGCGAUCAGGAUCUGCAGCAUAACAGCAAGGGCAGCGAGACGCAGGGUGGGUGAGGUGACCGACACACCUCCCGACUGACUGCUCAUGUGCUCUCACCUUGAUCUUUUCGAUGUCCUCUCUCGUCGGCUCGACGGCCAUGACGGCCUCCGCCAUGGGCUGCUCCUCACCGCCCUUGACAAUCUGACGCGGGGCAGCUGAACCAAAGAAUCAACGAACGGCAGACACCACACGCAAGCCGAAGGCCGUUGGUGCCCAUCCGUCCCCCCUCUUCAUUUGUCUCUCUCCCGUAGCUGACUGACCGAUGGUCUCCUUGAGCUGGGCUCCCUUUUCGCCGGCGAAUGUCUCCUUGGCAUCGGCCCUCUCUUUGUCCUUGAUGCGGUGGAAGUCCAGGUAGCGCAGCGAAGGGAUGUGGUGAAUCACAUACAGACGGUAAUACGGACGACUGCACACACACACCAACACGCAUCGCAGACAUACAUACGAGGAAGGGAUUGGCUGCGUCCGUCGUGGCUGGGGCGUGUGGGGCCUACAGUGUGACGGGGUUGCCCAUGAGACUCAGCCUCUCCAGGUUCUUGGCUGCACACCACAUAACCACAACACACACCGAUAUCAACCAAGGCGUGUCGGUGUUUUGUCCGCCCGUAUGUGUCGAGCUCGAGCCCACCGACCGACCCUUUGUGAGGGGCUGCAGGUCGCACAGCAGCUCCAGCUUGUUGUUUGUGAGGAUCAGUGACGUCAGGCUCGGCAGGGAGUCCAUCGUGUCGUCAGCUAUCCUGCUGAUGUAGUUGUUGUUCAGCAACUGACACACACACAGAGGGAAGGACAAAUGCAGCCGGCCGGCGGGCUGCCCGUCCUCGCCAGCCAUCAGAGGGUGAAUCAGGACUGACCAGGCUCCUCAGCCGCUUGAGGGGCGGCAGAUUGCCCAGCUUGAUGAUGUCGUUGUCACUCAGGUCGAUGCAGUCAUAGUGAUCCUGCACACAAGACGACCAGAGAACAACAAAACAGACCUCACAAGCCAUGCAUAUGGUGCUGCUGUGCUCACGUUGGUUGCGCCGAGGUUCUCAAUUGCUGGGAUCUUGAACCCUGCACACUCGCACACACACACAGACGAUGCAGAGGUCACGCGUGCAUGGAAAGGUCGGCCUCAAGUCUUGCUCUUGUCUGUCUGAUGUGGCUCAUGCAGCCAUCGUCUGCAAGGCAGACCGACCGCCGCUCACCCCGCAGAGCGAUCAUCCGGUCCUUGACAGGGCUGACGCACUGGUCUGCCUGGCCUAUCAGAUCUAUCGUUAUCCUCAUCUUGCGACGCUUCGUG